GAGGAGGUCGGAGGUCAGGCGGUCUCCCUGGGCGAUGGCAAGGGCCGCUGGGCCUGGAAGAGGGCGGGCGCGUCGGAGGCGCUGGCCCGGGCCUUCCACAGCGCCAACCUAGUGGGGGGCAGGCUGGUGGUGUUCGGUGGGGUCAGGUCGGCCGAUCCCCGGGACCCGCCGCUGAGCGACCUGCUGGUGCUGGAGCCCUCGGGCCUGCGGGUGGAGAGGGUGACGACGGGCGGCCCGGCCCGCAGUCACCAUGGCGCCGUCGGACUCCAUGACCGCUGGCUGGUGGUAGUGGGCGGCUGGGACGGGAGGAGGAGGCUCGCGGAUGUCCACUGCUUUGACAUGGCGCCUGGCGGGGGAUGGAGAGCCCUGAGCCAGGCCCCAGGGAGCCAGCCUCCUCCUGUAGGCCUCAGUGGGCACACGUGUACCAAGCUGUCCGACCGCGAGGUGCUGGUCCUGGGCAGAGAAGGGGGAAUCCACACCCAGAGAAGAUUUGCAAGUAUCUUCAGCCUACACAUCGACAUCCACUCGCACAGAUACUGGUAUAAGGAAUGUGAGUCCAGGACAGCUUCGAGAUCAGGCCACACAGCCAUCCUGACCAAAGUGCCCGGACCCACCACAGGAGGAUACCAACUCCUGGUCUUCGGCGGGCGCAACUCUGCCGACUUCGAGCCCGUGCGGAUCUGGACGGAAGGCGAGGUCCGGCCGGAACAGACGCACGCCCCCGGUCUGGUCGGGCACCUCCACUCCCUCGUCACGUCGGGUGCAGCAGCUGUCAGGAACCCCCCUGCCCUGAGGCAUCACUCCAUGACCCUGGUGGGACCCUUCGCUGUGCUCUACGGGGGAGAGUGUUUCAACAAAACCAUCGACACCGUCUGCAACGACCUCUUCAUCUACGACACACGGUCUCCCGGUGGGAUGUGGUACCACGUGACUGGCAGUGACCCGGAGAUGAAGAGGUUUGCUCACCGGGUGGUGGUGCUGGGAGACCGUCUGUGCCUCACCGGGGGGAGAGGAAGAGAUGGAAGGAGCUGCAGCCCCCGGAUCUACACCCUGGGGCCCCCGACCUGACGGCCAUUUUGGGGAGGACACGGAUUGGGAAUUGUCCAAAUAAAAUUCCAAAGAG